CCGCUAUCUUUAAUGACCGUGAAUAUAGCAGAAUUAAAUCCUUCGCGAGUAUUACAAACUCUACAGUAACACACUGAAUAUAAAACUUAAGAUUAAAAAUUAUCCCCUGAAUGAUAUUGCUUUUGGUAAAACCGCGAAAGUAUCAACUAUCGAAGAAACAAAAACGGUAUACGUAUGGAGAUCAAUGGACAGGACUAAGACAAAUUCAAAGAGACUUUUUCAUCAAAAGAACAUGUUAGCACGUUAGCAAUAGCAAUGACAACUAUUCAGAAAAACGUAACGGCUAUUCGAUGCAGAUCUAUAUUCAAUAUUCGACACCCUAUGUAUAUAUUACUGUAUUCUUAUUCAAAGUCGUUAUUUAUCUAUGUGACUCUUAGUCAACAGUCUUUUCACAAAAAUUUCAAUCAGGUUGGUAGAUAUAUUUCUAAAGGUUUACAUCUAUGGAAUAUCAAUGAUCUUUUUGAGUUAAUCGUCCGGAAAAUUCAACGGGAAAUUAUUUAGCAAGUAAGUUGUGGAAUAACAUCAUUAGGAUGUGUUACUAUGUUUGUAAGUACUAACAAAGCAAUUCUUAUUAUAACAUUUAUCUAGUAUUAUCAUGCAUUUCUUGAUGGGAUGUCAUUGGCAAAUAACGUUUUUUCAUUCUUUGUUUUUAUUAUUUCGAUGUGUUAUUUGAUACUUGUCUAUGUCUAUCAAAUAUGAUAUGAAUGCUUAGUCAGGGCAAUACGUUCCUCCAGAAUUUGUGUCUAGUCCAAGUUUUCCUGUGAUUAUUCGUGCCCUGUUCGAGGUAGGCGAGUGGGUGUGUAACAUGCUCGUGAAAUUAAACGGCGGAGAAGGUCAUUCUGGUUGUCGGUAAGUAUAAUUGGUAAAAACCAAGACGAUAAUAGGUUAUCAUAUUUAAAGACAUAUAAUUCAUUUAUUAUCGACAAGAUAGUUGAAUAUUUAGAAUAUACAUAAAACAUCCACUCUGACCUAAAUUGUAUAUUUAUGUUAUAUAUCGUUCAUUAGCAACACAGUAUUUCCUUGUGGUUGUUAACGUACCUGUACUACUGUAAAACUUAUCUUUCUUUCCGAUCCUAAAUCGUUAGACACAGUAUAGUAGUCCAGGUAUUACGUAACCUCGUUUGUCUUAAAUUGUCUACAAAACGUAUAUAACUUAUGUCUCGGCUUGUGAGCGCUAACCUGUGAUGAAUCAUGUGCAUAUCAUUCAACGUUCAUGAAACUGGUUUGAUAUCUAAACCUGAUGUCAUCUUGUAUGCUAUUUUGCACUGGGAUGUCAUUUGUUACUCGAAAUCAACGUCGUCGUGAUUAACAUGCACUAGUCAGAAUUUGUCGUUCUGUAGAGCUACAGGAGAGGGUAAGUAUUACACUCUUAUAUCACCUACAUGUGUUGUAUAUUACAAAUGUGUGAGAAGGAAGUCCAGGUCGUGAUGCUAUCCAGGUUUCACUGUUACCGAUAGAACUGUCUCCUUCACUAUCUUAACACAUCAUAGAUUAAAAUCUGUUGCUCUCAAGUAUUUUCUACAUAAAAUGUGGAAGAUAGAUUAUAUUACGUCUUUCUUUGUCUUCUACCUAGGAAAGCUCUGGACCAAAAGCUGAAUUUAUUAUUUUGGACGAAAGAGCAAGUCUCCGAUCGGACACAGCAAGGAAGAGAGUGUUCUUAAACUAUUUUUGAAGAAGUUUUAAAACUGUUGUUUUCAUCAUGGGGAAAACGCAGUCAAGGUCCUACGACUUAGCCAAUGCGAACAGCUCACCAGAGUACCACACUAGAGAGAGAGUGAUCAGAGAGGAGGUCAAACCUGUGGAAAAACAAGUCAUCAAACAACCGGAAAAGAGUGUUGUUAAGCAAUCCAACAGCUGCCCAGUGAAACCCGUGUCUAAAUACAAAACUGGAAAAAAUCCAUGGGACUGGACUCCAACGUUGACUGACGACAACACUCCGAACGGUACUCAACAAUCCCAGUCUCCUGACGACAACACUCCGAACGGUACUCCACAAACCCAAUCUCCUGUUGAAGAGGAUUCCACUGUGGUCACCGUCACAGAGCAAAAAGGCCCUAACUCUGAAAUAGUCGUUGCUCAAGUAUCGCCCCAAACUGCCGAAGACGCUGCUGAACUAGAGAACGACAUGUCGGACAGUGAGGUCGUAGAGGCUGUUGUUUGCGAUGCAGACGAUCUCCAGGAUGGAGUAAUGAAAGAGGUGGCUCUAGGCGAUGGAAAAGUCCUCUUGGUGAAGGAGGGAAGCGAUAUCCAUGCUUUAGGAGCGCAAUGUACUCACUACGGGGCCCCUCUAGUCAAAGGUGCAUACUGCAAGGGCCGUGUGCGUUGCCCCUGGCACGGCGCGUGCUUUGACGUGGAAACUGGAGAUAUCGAAGAUUACCCAGGAUUGGACAGUAUUCACAAAUUUGAUGUAUCAGUAGCUGAUGGAAAGGUCAAGGUCAAAGCCAAUAGGUCAGCAUUAAAAACUUUCCGUCGCCAACGUAGCAUGUGUAAGGCAAAGGGAGAUAACACUGACAGCGUUCUUAUCAUCGGAGGAGGUCCAGCCUCGGUGGUAUGUGCGGAAACCCUUCGUCAGGAGGGAUUUACCGGACAGGUUACCAUAGCAACCAAAGAAGAACAUUUACCAUACGAUAGAAUUAAACUGAGUAAGGCCAUGGAUGUCAAGCCAGCGGCCAUCACACUCCGCGGAGAAGAUUUCUACAAGAAUGCGGACAUUGACAUUCUUACACAAAAAGAGGCUGAAGCAGUAGACACGGAGAACAAAUCUGUUAAAUUCAAAGAUGGAAGCACACAGACAUACGGGUCUCUUGUAUUGGCCACAGGAGGAAGUCCCAGAGUCCUGCCUAUCCCUGGCAUAGAUCUCGAGAACGUAAGAAUGCUCCGAACACCAUCCGAUGCCAACUUUAUAGCUGAAAAGGCUGAAGGCAAAAACGUCGUGAUUAUAGGGUCCUCGUUCAUUGGCAUGGAGGUAGCGGCUUACUUGGCAGACAAAGCAGCAAGCGUUUCCGUUGUAGACAUCAUAAAAACACCAUUCCAACUUGUCUUGGGAGAGAAAGUAGGCGAACUGCUUAAACAGAUGCAUGAGGACAACGGCGUCAAGUUUUUCCUAGAGAGAGGUAUCAAAGAGUUCUCCGGAAAUGAUGGUCACGUUACUGAAGCUGUACUCUCCGAUGACACCAGAUUGCCCGCAGACCUCUGUAUUCUCGGAGUGGGUGUCGUUCCAGCAACAGAUUUCCUUAAGUCAUCCGGGCUUACAAUGAACAGGGGCUUCAUACCCGUCAACAAGUUUAUGGAGACUGGUCAGUCUGGUGUGUAUGCUGCCGGAGACAUUGUGGAGUUCCCUCUAUUUACUGAAGGGGAUAAAAUCGUUAAUGUGCAGCACUGGCAAAUGGCGCAUGCGCAUGGACGGACGGCAGCUUUGAGUAUUGUCGGUAAAAAGACAGAGAUUUCUAGUGUUCCGUACUUCUGGACAGUAAUGUAUGGAAAAAGUAUCCGAUACACAGGCUAUGGUGUCGGCUACGAUGACGUCAUCGUCCACUGGGAUGAAGAAAACAUGAAAUGUGUCGCCUUUUAUACCAGGGGCGAGGACGUCGUGGCAGUAGCAAGUUUGAACUCUGACCCCUUAGUGUCCCAAGCCGCCGAAGCAAUGGCCAAAGGUCUAAAGAUAUCAAAGAGUGAGAUUCAAGACAAAACGGAUGCUUGGGUAGAUAGGUUGUGUAAGCUAUAGAUCCUGGAGUAAAGGACAAGAACGGUUUUCAAACCUUAUAGAUUCACAUUAUGUUUAUCUAUUUUUGUAUAAAUGUAGAAUUGAGUUUAAAUUACACAAUGAGAGACUUAAGAUGAUGACCAGGAGCACUUUCAUGUAAAUUUUCAAUUAUCGGCUUUUAAGAGUCGACUCAAGUUUUUAAUAUGGUUAAAAUUUUGCAAAUAAAACGACAUCAAGCAAGACACGCUAGUAUAUACAUGCAUGUUUUGUGUAGGCAUCCAUAAUAUUAGCCCGAGUUUCAUCUUGCCCCGACACCAGACUUGGACAUUCUGACAGCUAGAUGUCGGGUGAAGGUGUCAUCGUCAUAGGGGACUCGGGCUAUCAUAAUAUCUUUUUGAAUAACCCCAAUACAUAUCUUCAGAAAGGUAAUAUAUUUGAGAUAUUAACUGUGCUGAUCUCCGAAAAAUGUGUUUCACUCUCAUUUUGUUGAAAACCGAAUAGUAAUUCAAAAAAAGUAAAUGAGGUUG